CUCGAAAACAGAAGCCAAUAUGAUUCUCUUCAUCUGGGCAAUUUACUGCAUCCAAGUAGAUAGGCCUAUAAAUAGGUCAAAGGUCAGAUUACCUGUUUUGAACAAUGGAUGCUAACAAUGAACAGAGACCAAGAGGAGUAGGAGGAAGAGGCAGGGGACAAUGAGGACAAAUACCAGGAGGAGGAGGAGGAGGAGGAGGAGGAGGAAGGGGAAGGGGAAGGGGAAGAGGAAGAGGAAGAAGAAGACGAAGAAGAAGAGGAAGAGGAAGAGGUUGAGGGCAAAUAAGAGAAGGAAGGAGAGCCAUCUCUGAUGAGAUUAGGGCAACACUUGUUGAUCAUGUAAUCAACCACGGUUUGACCAUGAGAGAGGCUGGACUGAGAGUCCAACCCAAAUUGAGUCGAUUUACAGUGGCGUCCAUAAUUCGAACCUUCAGAAAUGAGAACGGAGUGGAAAGGCAAAGACAUCAUGGAGGACGAGGACGAGGACGCUUGUUUACAGAUGUACAAGAGACUGCAAUUAUAAAUAUGGUUUUGGCCAACAAUGCAAUUAGGAUUCGAGAGAUAAGAGAGCAUAUCUUGAAUAAUGACACCAUAUUCAACAACAUCAAUGCUGUAAGCCAGUCGACCAUACAACGCAUCCUCCAGCGGCACCAAGUGACGAUGAAACAACUUUACAAGGUGCCAUUUGAGAGAAACUCUGACAGAGUCAAGAAUCUGCGACAUGACUUUGUAGAGAGAGUAUUGGAGAUGGAUGCCCAGGUAAUUCACCACAAAUUUAUUUAUGUGGAUGAGGUUGGCUUCAACCUCACCAAAACCAGGCGCCGUGGACAAAAUGUAAUAGGACAGAGGGCAAUUAAGAAUGUCCCUGGACAGCGUGGGGGUAAUAUAACCAUGUGUGCUGCCAUCACUCAAAACAGGGUCCUCCAUCACAAUGCCACACUGGGUCCAUACAACACCGGCCUUUUCUGGAUGCAAUUCACACAAUGCUUGUCCCUGAUCCAGAUCAGGUGCCUGCUAGAUUUGUGGUUAUAUGGGACAAUGUUAGUUUUCACCGGGCUGUUCUGGUCCAAAACUGGUUUGCCACCCAUCCACAAUUUGUAGUUUUGUACCUAUAUUCACCUUUUCUAAAUCCCAUAGAGGAAUUCUUCUCAGCCUGGCGCUGGAAAGUGUGUGAUCGCCAACCCUUUGCCCGCAUGCCGCUUCUCCAGGCAAUGGAGGACGCAUGUGGGGACAUAGAGGUGGCCUCUGUCCAAGGUUGGAUACGCCAUGCUAGGAGAUACUUCCCUCGAUGUUUGGCAAGAGAAAACGUAUCUUGUGAUGUGGACGAAGUAUUGUGGCCAGACCCAGCUCGGAGAAGAGAUGAAGCUUAGCACUGGGGACUGCACCCCCCCCUUCCCCCCUGCCAAUUCCUGGACCGGGACCCCACACACAAUUUACUGUAUUCUACUGUAAAGAAUAUACUUUUGGUUUACAUGUUUAUAGUUUUGUUGUAUGCUAAUGUAUACAACAGUAAUGUUUGGCCUAAUAAAUAUUUUCUGUUUCUACAUUGCAUUGGCAUUUCCGGUGUACUUGUUACCCCUCUGAGCAGAUUACUUUCACUGUAGAACAUUGUAUUGAAAUGUAGAUAUAAGCCUAUGAAAGACCAAAGAGCUUUAGAUUUAGAACAGCAAUGUUUACAUGGUAUAUCCAAAAAUUUAUUAUUAUGAAAGAAGUGUUUGCCAUUUGAUGCAAAUGCUUCAUUCUGACAUGUGUUUAUGGCAUUUUGAAUGCAGUGUUGCAUUUUGAAGGAGAUGUGAGGCAUUUUGCAUUUUGUGUGUGCAGUUUUGAGAAUUGUGUGUAGAGUUUUGAAAAAAGGAGACUUAGUUUUGAAAACGU